ACGACUUUGACUUUGACUGGGUUAGACCUUUGACUCUACUGAGUACUCCAUCAUACGCAUCAUGGGUAGAUUAGAUGGAAAAGUCGCGAUCGUGACCGGCGGCGGCUCGGGCUUUGGCGCUGGCAUAUCCAAAGGCAUGGCCUCAGAAGGCGCAAAAGUCCUCGUCUGCGACAUAAACCAAACCGGCGGCGAAGCAACCGCAGCCACCAACCCUUCAGCCCUAGCCUUCCACAAAAUGGAUGUGACAAAAUCCGCAGACUGGAAAGCAACAGUCUCAGCAUGCAUUGAAAAGUUUGGUCGAUGCGAUAUCCUCGUCAACAACGCAGGCUGGUCUUACACUAACAAACCCACUACGACCGUCACCGAGGAGGAAUUCGAAAGGACGUUUGACGUUAAUGUAAAAGGAGUCUACCUGGGUUGCAAUGCGUGGGUCGAUCAAGCCAUUGAGCGGAAGGAGGGUGGUGUGAUUAUCAACAUUGCCAGUGUGGGCGCUACUAGACCCAGACCAGGACUUGUGUGGUAUAACGCGUCCAAAGGCGCCAUCUGGAAUGCAACGAAGGGUCUGGCUGCAGAGUACGGUCCACACCAGAUCCGCGUUGUUAGCAUCUGUCCGCUUGUCACUGCAACGGGUCUCUUCUCUGCUUUUACAGGCAUGGAAGAUACACCGGAGAACAGGACAAAGUUCACUUCGAAUGUACCCAUGGGACGGAUUGGUGAAGUUGAUGAUGUGGUGAAUGCGUGCAUCUUUAUGGCAAGUAAGGAAGCGGGCUUCAUUACUGGUGUCAAUCUCGAGGUAGAUGGUGGACGAUGUAUCUAGGCAAUCGCCACUUGUAUUCAUCCGAGGUAGGAACCUGAAGCUUUGUUCCAACACUCUGACAUGGAACUAUCGUACAUACCCUCUCUCAAAGCUUUUGUUCACAGCCAAACAUCUCGACUCCUUUGCGAA